AUGAAAGCUCUUAAACCCGAUUACGCCCUAUUAUUCGGCGAUUGCGGAAUGAGUUCCGAAGGUCGGAAAGUCAGUAUGUACCUGAGGGACCAAAAUAUCAUAGAACUUUCAAUACUGUUACUACAGUGGCCUUAUUUUGCAUCAGAUCUGAGCAUUCCGAAUUACAUUAACUAUGGUCCGGUAUGGUAUUCUCUCGCUCGCUCGAUUGUAUCCAUGUUUCAGACAACAAGAGCUUUCCACGGUGGAUUGAGGUUAACUGAACUCCGAAUGGCACUGCACAAUGAUUUGUCUCGUGGGGAUGACACACAAGACGUAUUACUUCUAUAUCAUGUUAAGAUGGAUUUGCUCACCGCGGAUGAAAUGAAUCUGCUCACGGAUUUGUUUGUCACAAUGGAGGUAGUCGGUCGGGUUUGCCGUAAAUUGGAUGAGACAAAUAAAUUGAAUAAUGAACCGCGCCUUUCCGGAGUCGACUUGCCGAGUAGUGUGACAUUCUAUCUGUGGCUUUUUCAAUCUAUUUGUGAAAGAUCGAUUGAUACUCGGGACAGUCAGAUCAAUUUGGACGAAUGUACGGCCGCACGAAUUGCCGCCCACAUGUCACCCACGUUUCGCGAAUUGAUGUCCUGUCCAGAUGCGGAAGCCAGUCCAAACGAUGUGGAACAACCAAACAAUCGAAUCACUUUUGGUCAGAAAUCAUUCUACCCUCGAAUAAACAGGUCAGCAAUAUCUGGUUUGGCAAGCUUUUGA